GCUUAUACCAUACGUACGGAGGACCUGGUGGGAGGUUAAUGGCCGUGGGGUCUGGUGGUGUUCCUUUGCUUUGGGUUGAGUCUGCACCAUUCCAUAUUGUGUUGAGUGCAACCUUGGGGAAGGUCUCGGCCGCAGGGUGGGGUCAGUCCAGUCUCCCGGUAUUUCGGUGCGGCCCCGCUACCCAGGUGACACACACCCCACAUUGGUGUCGCUUAAUGUCUGGUGACAUUCUCCGAUGUCUUGGCAUGUUUGGGAGGCCUCCCCGACUCCGCGCCCGAGUAGUGGGAGAACUUCGCAUCUCACAGGCGAGACAGGUUGCCCUAUGCCAUUGGGUCGCCAAUUGCUCACUGCGGAUCGCCCGGGCAGCGUGCAUGGUUGGAAAAUGGUGAAUGGUGGUGGAUGGACGGUGCUCACAUCAUCGUUGAUGACUUUGCUGGUUGGGUACGGACACAGCCGUACGGAUAAGACGUGUUGUGUUGGGCAGUGUUGGAGGAUGAUGC